AUGUCCUUUUUUUCUAUCUUUCGAAGAAGGAUUUUCUUUCGUCCGUUCAACAAGCUCGAUUCAUUCAAUUGUAAUGGCGAACCUUUUCUUUUUUUUUUCGAUCGUUUUCAUUCAUUUUUGUUCAGAUUCAUUUCAUCUUUCUUAUUUCUCAUCCUUUCAUUUCUUUCAUUAUUUUAUUCUUUCUUUUUUCUUUCUUUUAAAAUCCAUCCAUCCAUCCAUCCAUCCAUCCAUUCUUUCUUUUUUUUUUCUUUCUUUUUCAUUCUUUCUUCUUUUCUUUUCUUCCUUCCAAUUCUUUUUUCUUUCUUUUCUUUCUUUCUUUUUUUCUUUCAUCCAUUCAUUAUUUUCUUUCUUUCUUUUUUUCCUUUUUAUCCAUCCAUCCAUCCAUCCAUCCAUUCUUUUCUUUCUUUUUUCUUUUCUUUCUUUUUUUAUUCAUCCAUUAAUUACUUUCUCUCUCUCUUUCUUUUUUUUUUAAUUACUUUCUAUUCUAUCUCUCUCUUUUCUUUCUUUCUUUCUUUCCAUCCAUUUUCACCCAUUCAUUUCACAAUUCUUUUUUUCCUUUCAUCUAAAUCUUUCUUAAUUUUCUAUCUAUCUAUCUAUCUAUCUAUCAUCAUCUAUCUAUCUUUUUUUCUUUCUUUCUUUCUUUCUUUCUUUCUUUCUUUCUUUUUUCUUUCUUUCUUUCUUUCGUGGCCUAUUCAUCCAUUCAUUAUUUCUUUCUUUUUUUCCUGGCGUAUCCAUCCAUCGAUCCAUUCUUUUCUUUCUUUUCUUUUCUUUUCUCCUUUUUCUUUUCUUUCUUUCAAUUCUUUCUUUCUUUCUUUUUUUUUUUUUCGUUUUCAUCUAUUCAUCCAACUGUUGUUUCUUUGUUUCUUUUUUUCCUGGCCUAUACAUCCACUCUGUCUUUCUUGA